UGCACGCACACAUUAGGAAACCUGAGGCAACUUUUUGUUUUUUCCCUCUUCCAGCUCGGUCCGAGGUUCGCUAUAAAAAGCCUGCCUGCCGGACUCUCUGUUCUGCUGAUCUGGAGACCCCGCCGUCCAACAUGCAGACUCUCCUCCUUGUUGCGCUGCUCGGAUGCCUAGCCGCCGUGUUCGCGGCCCCAGCUGACAGGGUGAGAUGGUGCGUCAAGUCGGACAAAGAACAUGAGAAAUGUGUGGCCCUCGCAGCCAAAGCUCCUGCCUUCUCCUGCGUGAAGAAAUCCAACACCAUCGACUGCAUCGUUGCAAUCAAGGCUGGUGAGGCCGAUGCCAUCACUUUGGAUGGAGGGGACAUCUACGUUGCUGGACUUAAGAACUACGGCCUGCAGCCCAUUAUUGCAGAGGACUACGGCACCUCUUCGGAAACCUGCUACUACGCUGUUGCUGUGGUGAAGAAGGGCACUGACUUUACCAUUGACCAGCUCAGGGGGAAGAAAUCCUGCCACACUGGGUUGGGGAAAUCCGCAGGUUGGAACAUCCCCAUAGGAACUCUGGUGUCUAGGAAUUUGAUUCAGUGGGCAGGCAUUGAAGACAAACCUCUGGAGGAGGCGGUGAGCGAGUACUUUUCGGCCAGCUGUGUCCCGGGGGCAACGAGGGGCGGAAAACUGUGUCAGCUGUGCAUUGGAGACUGCUCCAGGUCUCACAAUGAGCCUUACUACGACUACGCCGGAGCCUUCCAGUGUCUAAAGGACGGUGCUGGAGACGUGGCUUUUGUGAAACAUCUUACUGUACCUGAGUCUGAAAAGAACAACUACGAGCUGCUGUGCAAGGAUAACACCAGAGCGCCUAUCGACAGCUAUCAAAACUGCCACCUGGCCAGAGUGCCAGCUCAUGCUGUUGUCACCCGCAAGGACCCACACUUGGCUCACUUAAUCUGGAAUAACCUCAAUGCAGUACAGUCUCUUCCAGACUUUAACCUCUUCUCCUCUGAAGCCUAUGCACCUGCCAAAAACCUGAUGUUCAAGGACUCAACACUGAAGCUGGUGCAGGUGCCCGCAAACACAGAUUCCUUCCUGUAUUUGGGUGCUGAAUACAUGAGCAUUAUCCGUUCGCUUAAGAAAGAGCCGACAGGCACUACAUCCACUGCCAUUAGAUGGUGUGCUGUGGGCCACGCUGAGACAUCCAAGUGUGACAAAUGGAGCAUCAACAGUGUGGGGGAGGACACCACCGCCAUUGAAUGUGCAAGUGGUGCCACAGUUGAAGAGUGCCUGAAAAAGAUCAUGCGUAAAGAGGCUGAUGCAAUGGCAGUGGAUGGAGGACAGGUGUACACAGCAGGGAAGUGUGGUCUGGUUCCUUCUAUGGUGGAGCAGUAUGAUGAAGGGCUGUGCAGCACCUCUGGAGCCAGAACUUCGUCUUACUAUGCUGUUGCUGUGGCAAAGAAGGGUUCAGGGGUGACCUGGGAAAACCUGAAGGGCAAGAGGUCUUGCCACACGGGCGUCGGCAGAACUGCUGGCUGGAACAUCCCUAUGGGUCUGAUCCGCCAAUCACUGUCGGACUGUGACUUCACCAAGUUCUUCAGUAGCGGCUGUGCCCCCGGAGCAAACAUCACCUCUCCGUUCUGUACUAAUUGUCGUGGCAGUGGCAAAGCCGUGGGAGACGAGUUCAAGUGCAAAGCCAGUGCUGAAGAGCAGUUCUACGGCUAUGCUGGAGCCUUCAGAUGUCUGGUUGAGGGUGCCGGCGAUGUGGCCUUUAUCAAACACACAACCGUUUCAGAAAACAGUGAUAGCAAUAAUUUAGCGCCAUGGGCUAGUAAUGUGAAGUCUGCGGACUACGAGCUGAUCUGCCCUGGGAAGAAUCCAGUGCCAGUCACUGAUUACGAAUCUUGUCAUCUGGCUGCCGUGCCCUCCCACGCUGUGGUGACUCGUCCAGAGAGCCACAGUGAGGUUGUUAACGUUCUUCUGGAUCAGCAGGCCAAGUUUGGUAGCAGUGCCAGUGAGGCCUCAUUCAGGAUGUUCCAGUCAGAGGGAGGAAAGAACCUCCUCUUCAAGGACUCUACUAAGUGCCUCCAGGAGGUAUCAGCUGGAAAAUCAUAUACAGAAUUUUUGGGAGAACAGUACAUGAGCUCCAUGUCUUCACUCAGACAGUGCAGUGACUACACUUCAGAUCUGGAGAAAGCUUGCACUUUCCAUUCCUGUCAGCAAAAAAACUAGUGGCAACCAUAGACCAUGCUGUGCCUCUUUCAGCCCUCAGCGAUUUAAGCACCAAAUCCACCCUUCUCACCCUCAACUCAAAAAUUGCAUUGUGUAUUUUCUUAUUGAUUGUGUUGUAGACUGAUUUUAGAAGUACAACCAACAAAUGGAUACAUUGCACUACCACAACUUA